UGGAGCUUUAUCCAUUCCAGUUCCAGGCGACGUGGAUGGAGUUCCGUUACGUUUCGGUGCUUUUUUUUUUCCUGGGAGGAGAUGCGUAACGCUUCCCCCCUGAAUUCGCGCUGCUCUCCGCCGCCUUUUUGCCGAGUCGUUGGGUUCAUUCAGUGCACGGACGGCGGUUCAGAAAAUCGAAUCUCUCCGAGCUCGUGGGUUCCCGCCGCUGAAUUCUUUUGCCGGAAUCCGCCCGCAGAACUGCCCGUGACGAGGUGAUGAUGAUCCACGGAGAAUUUUUGUGUCGUCUGCUUGCUUGGGAUUCACUGAAUUGCGUUCAAGAUCGGAUUUUUGGAAUUCCCGGAAGAAACUUUUGUAGGGUGUUUUAUCGCCUUUCUCGCGAGGAAUUUCAGCAGCCAGGCCGGCGCUCCGGCAAUUCUCCGGCGACGCGCUUUCCAUUUUUAUAAAAUUCUGUAGCUAUGGCAGGUGCUCUGCUUGCGAGGCUCGAGUGAAUCAGAAUUCAGACAGGGGUUACUCUGGUUCCAUAAUUUGAAAUUUUAGAAUUUUGGUUCCAUUUUAUUAGCUCUGAUGCAUUGCAUGUGAAUCCAUAAUUUGAAAUCUCUUUCCAUUUCGUAGGCUGUGGCCGUGUUAACUGGACUGGAACAGCAAAAUUCUCUCUGAAUUUUUUUAUCUCCCCGCGCACGUUUUGCUGUUUUUUCAGUUGUUUUUUCUUGGAGUGCCACAGAGGUUGAUUGCUGCUGUUGCAGAGUUCUUAACCCCGGUGAAGGUUUCUUUGCUUGGGGGCCACACUUGCAGUAGAUUUCAGGGCGCGCCUUGGCAUUGCUUCACCGUCCUCCCUUGGGUUUCCCCUCCGCCGCGUAAACCUCCGUCUCUUUGCUUCCCGAUCAAGGCCGGCUUGGUUAAUCCGAGCGAAGUUCACAUUGCUUUACCUCGUUCAAUCCUGCCUCUGCCCUCCCUGAAACCCUGACACAUGUAUGAUGAUGCGCUCGCUCGCUGCUGGUUCUGACGGCUCGUCCCCACACCCGCAGGGUCCGGCGCCCGGCGACGCGAAGCGGUUCUCCGGCGUGGUGCCGCCGGCCGCGCUCGUCUUCCUGGCGCUGGUGUUCGUCGCCGGCGCCAUCGUCACGCUCCAUCACAAGGAGAACCUGUCGAUACUGCAGGUGCAGCCACGAGAGCUGGCCGCUAACGAGGACUCGUUCAGGCCCCUGCCUCCGGCCAGCGAUCUGCGCGUCACGAGCGACGUGGCUGAGACGCCAUCAGUGGAACAGGCGACGCCCCCGGUGGAACAAACGACGACGCCGGUGGAAGAAGAACAGGCGACGCCGCCGGUGGAGCAAACGACGCCGCCGGUGGAACAGGCGACGACGCCGGUGGAGCAAACGACGCCGCCGGUGGAAGAAGCCCCUGACAUCUGCGAGAACCAGUGCAGGGCUCCGGGCAGCGAGGCGCUGCCGAGGGGCAUCGUGCAGGACAAGUCCAACUUUGAGUUCGAGUCGCUGGGCGGCAACCCUGGGCGGAAGGGGGUCGCCGCCGGCCGGCCGGCGAAGAGCCUCCUGGCGAUCCCCGUAGGCAUCAAGCAGAAGGCCGUCGUCGACAAGCUCGUCUCCAAGUUCCCGGCGGCGAACUUCGCGGUGAUGCUGUUCCACUACGACGGCGCGGUGGACGGGUGGAGCGACCUGCCGUGGUCGCGCCGCGCGGUGCACGUGGCGGCGGUGGACCAGACCAAGUGGUGGUUCGGCAAGCGGUUCCUGCACCCGGACCUCGUCGCCGACUACGACUACAUCUUCCUCUGGGACGAGGACAUCGAGGUGGACGGCUUCGACCCCAUGAGGUACCUCAGGAUCGUCAGGAAGGAGGGGCUGGAGAUCUCGCAGCCGGCGCUGGACCACCGGUCGCAGAUCCACCACCGGCUCACGGCCCGCUCGCGCCGCGGCGGGACGGUGCACCGGCGGUUCUACAAGACGGCCGGGGGCGGGAGGUGCUACGGCAACAGCACGGGGCCGCCGUGCACGGGGUGGGUGGAGAUGAUGGUGCCGGUGUUCUCGCGCGCGGCGUGGCGGUGCGCGUGGCGGAUGAUCCAGAACGACCUCGUCUUCGCCUGGGGGCUCGACUUCAAGCUCGGGUACUGCGCACAGGGCGACCGGAGCGCGAACGUCGGCAUCGUCGACAGCGAGUACGUCCUCCACCGCGGCAUCCCCACGCUCGGCGAUGACGGCGGCGGCAAGGGGCCGGCGCCGAAGGCGAAGGCGUCGUCGGCGACGUCGGCGGACAGGUACGCAGUGCGGCUGCGAUCGUAUAAGGAGCUGCAGAUAUUCAACAAGAGGUGGAAGGAGGCGGUGGCGGAGGACAUGUGCUGGACGGACCCCUACCCGCAGCCGCCGACGGCGACGCCCAAGGGAUGACCCGCCGCCGGCGAUGGCCUUUGCGGUUGAGUAGAUGACAUAGAAGAUACAUCAAAAUUUACAGGUCUAGAGAGCUUCGGAUAACAUGUCAUGUACAGAUCUCUUUCUCCCCGGCCAAUAAGAUAGGUUCAAAGACGAUGUAUAUCAUAAUUUUCGGUAAAAAGGUGGAUUAAUGAA